UUUCCAACUUCCAAAAAAAAAAUUCUCAAUCAAACUAAAACUAAAACACAAAAAACAACACAAACCUUCGCGGACGCCGGGAGUGGGAUCCCGCUCCGACACGGCGGUUUCUGAUGGGUUUUCUCAACGCCCUUUGGAGCAUUUGUGGGUUCUCCCUUGGAAUCUCAGCUGGCUUCAUCGUUGGAUAUUUCUUCUUCAUAUAUUUCAAACCAAGUCAUGUGAAGGAUCCUGAGAUUAAGCCGUUGACUGAACCCGACCCCGAAACUAUGCAGCGGAUGCUCCUUGAGUUGCCGCUUUGGGUGAAGAAUCCAGAUUAUGAUCGAAUGGAUUGGCUAAACUCGUUUAUUGACUAUUUGUGGCCUUAUAUUGACAAGGCAAUUGCCAAGACAGUAAGAACUGUCAUCAAGCCUAUAAUUGCCGAGGAAAUUCCCAAGUAUAAGAUCCAGUCUGUUGAAAUCCAAGAGCUCACGCUUGGGACGCUUUCGCCGACUCUUCAAGGUAUGAAAGUGUAUGAGAUGCAUGAAAAUGAGUUGAUAUUGGAACCAGCAAUUAAGUGGGCAGGAAAUCCCAACAUCAUGGUUGCAAUUAAAGCCUUUGGAUUAAAAGCCACUGUUCAGAUGGUGGAUCUGCAAGUUUUCGCCGUUCCUCGGAUCAUCUUGAAGCCACUGGUUCCAAGUUUUCCUUGUUUUGCAAACAUUUCUGUCUCUCUCAUGGAAAAGCCACACAUUGAUUUUGGACUAAAGCUCAUGGGGGUAGACCUUAUGUCAAUACCCGGUCUUUAUACGUUUGUCCAGGAGCAAAUAAAAGAUCAGAUUGCAAGCAUGUAUCUGUGGCCAAAGACUUUAAAAAUACAAAUUCUCGACUCUGCCAAAGCCUAUAGGAAGCCUGUGGGAAUUCUUCAUGUGAAAGUUGUUAAAGCAAUGAACCUUAAAAAAAAGGAUCUUUUAGGUGCAUCAGAUCCAUAUAUAAAACUGAAGCUCACCGAUGACAAGUUACCUUCGAAGAAGACGUCCGUGAAGCACAAUAACUUGAACCCAGAAUGGAACGAGGAGUUCAAGUUAAUUGUUCGAGAUCCUCAAUCCCAAGCCUUAGAGCUCCAUGUUUUUGAUUGGGAGAAGAUUGGGAAGCAUGACAAGAUGGGCAUAAAUGUUGUACCUUUGAAAGAUCUUCUUCCUGAUGAGGUGAAAGUCUUGACUCUUCCCCUUCUAAAGAAGACUGAUUCAGAUGGCGUCGAGAACGAGAAGGACCGUGGUCAGGUUGUAGUUGAACUUAAAUAUAAACCAUUUAAAGAGGAUGAGAUACCGAAAGGUUUUGAGGAAAUGCACGCAGUACCAAAAGCUCCCGACGGAACACCAGCCGGUGGCGGUUUGUUGGUGAUCAUAAUUCAUGAAGCUGAAGAUGUUGAAGGAAAACAUCACACCAAUCCAUUUGUAAGGAUUUACUUCAGGGGUGAUAAGAGAAAAACUAAGCGGGUGAAGAAGAAUAGAGAUCCAAGAUGGGAGGAGGAGUUCGCUUUUCCACUAGACGAACCUCCAACAAAUGACAAAGUACACAUAGAAGUUAUCAGCACUUCUUCAAAAAUAGGUUUGCUGCAUCCAAAGGAAUGUCUUGGCUAUGUGGACAUCAGCCUGUCGGAUGUGGUGGCUAACAAAAGGAUUAAUGAGAAGUACCAUCUCAUAGACUCAAAGAAUGGACGCAUCCAUGUUGAACUUCAAUGGAGAACUUCCUCAUAGAUCACUUCUUUCUUAUUUGGUUUUUGAGCUGUAAAUUUCGGGUGUGUUUUGUGUAACUUUUGGACUCUUGAAAAGUGUUUUUAUAACCUGCUUUACGUAAGAAACAUCAACGAUAAUGUUAAGAAGCAAAUAAGGAAAUAACGUGUGAUGCAUGCUAGUAUAUAGCAGGCCAAUUCCAUUGAAAAA